GCCAUCAGAGAACUUCGCAGUUUCUGUCGAGCAGCAAAACUUGUGCGUACAAGCGAACGGCAAGAGCAAGCCAGCGCGAUCGAGUAAUGUGAACUAGAAGUGAACGAUUGCAAUGUGUGAGUGAAUGCGUUCUUGUUGACUUUGUCACGAUUGAAAAAGAUUGUUGAAUGUUGAUGCGUUUGUGGUAUCCGAGGUUUAACUUACAUCCAGAAGCAGUGCGGAAAAGCGACAAAACAACGACUACGGUACCAGCAGAAUCAGUGGUGGAAUCAAUCAUUCUUAUAGAUACCGCCGAGGAGGAAGACGACGCGGAAGUGCGACAUCACCGUGUGCUAGGAUCGAGAGUGCGAUUGUGAGAGAGAGUGAAUGAAGUUUUGAGUAUUCUUGAGAUAAAUUCUGUUUCUGUUGGGAUACAAUCUGGGGGAAGGAAUCAUCGUGUGCGGUUCGUGGAAAGUACUUUGCGUUCACCUAUCGACGCCCCUCCCUUGGGAAGUGCUGGGCUGGACAACGUUCCAUCUUGUAACGACACGAGUUGGUGCGGGGAGCCGGUUAUUGUGGCUCUAGUGACAAGAUGUCGAUGGUAAUGGUUCGUAUGGAGGAAGCCAACAAACUGUUGGACUUCUCACAAAAGCUGGACAUUGGUCUUCUGGACAGCGUAGUGGACUGUUUGUACAGCAGUACCGGUGAGCAGCUGAGGUUAGCUCAAAGUGUUUUGACUACGCUGAAGGAACAUCCGGAUGCCUGGACAAGAGUGGAUAGUAUUCUGGAGUUUUCACAAAAUCAACAGACUAAAUUCUACGCUUUGCAAAUCCUCGAAGAGGUCAUCAAGACCCGCUGGAAAAUUUUGCCCCGGAACCAAUGCGAGGGCAUCAAGAAGUAUGUGGUCGGAUUGAUCAUCAAAACAUCCCAGGAUCCUUCGGUGAUGGAAACGAACAAAGUUUAUCUGAACAAACUGAACAUUAUUUUAGUGCAGAUCCUAAAGCGCGAAUGGCCAAACAAUUGGGAAACUUUCAUCAGCGACAUUGUGGGGGCCUCCAAAACGAACGAAACGCUCUGCCAGAACAAUAUGAUCAUUUUGAAAUUGUUGAGCGAAGAAGUGUUUGACUUCUGUUCGGGUCAGAUAACACAGACCAAGGCAAAACAUCUGAAGGAUACAAUGUGCUCCGAAUUCUCUCAGGUUUUCACCCUGUGUCAGUUCGUGUUGGAAAAUUCAUUGAAUGCACCGUUGAUCUCCGCUACAUUGGAAACACUGUUGAAGUUUUUAAAUUGGAUUCCUCUCGGAUACAUUUUUGAGACAAAGCUGAUCGACAUGUUGGUCUGCCGCUUCCUGACGAUACCGAUGUUCCGGAACAUCACGCUGAAAUGUCUUUCGGAAAUAGCGGGUCUGCAAUUGGCGAAUUACGGACACAUUUUCGUAGCAAUGUUCAAACAGACAAUGGAACAAUUCGACAGCAUGAUACCGGCCCGUACCAACAUGAACCAGAUUUACAUGAACGGUUCCGAUGACGAACAGUGUUUUGUACAAAAUUUGGCAAUGUUCUUGUGUACCUUCCUGCGGAUGCAUUCCUCCCUGGUAGAAAAAAGGGAAACAAUGGACACUGUUCUAAAAGCUCUUGGCUAUUUGGUUAUGAUCUCGGAGGUAGAGGAUGUGGAAAUUUUCAAAAUUUGUCUAGAGUACUGGAACAGUCUUGCCUCCGAGUUGUACAAAGAAUCUUACAGCUCCAGCCAGCGUCGUACCUUCUACUCAAAGAUUCUGUCCAAGGUGCGAUACAUUAUGAUCUCACGGAUGGCCAAACCCGAGGAAGUACUCGUUGUUGAGAACGAAAACGGCGAAGUUGUUCGUGAGUUCAUGAAAGACACGAAUAGUAUUAAUCUGUAUAAGAACAUGCGUGAAACUCUUGUCUAUCUGACCCAUCUGGAUUACGCUGAUACUGAGCGUAUCAUGACGGAGAAGCUGUGUCAUCAGGUCAACGGUACCGAGUUCACGUGGAAAAACUUGAACACACUUUGUUGGGCAAUCGGAUCCAUCUCCGGUGCCUUCUUCGAAGACGACGAGAAGCGGUUUUUGGUCACUGUGAUCAAGGAACUGCUCGGGCUCUGCGAACACAAAAAGGGCAAAGACAACAAAGCUAUUAUUGCAUCGAACAUCAUGUAUGUGGUGGGUCAGUAUCCACGAUUUCUGCGAGCCCACUGGAAGUUCUUGAAGACGGUUGUAAAUAAAUUGUUUGAGUUUAUGCACGAAACGCAUGACGGUGUCCAAGAUAUGGCAUGUGAUACGUUCAUCAAGAUUGCCCUCAAAUGCAGACGUCACUUUGUCCAAUUGCAACCAAACGAGUCAUGUACGUUCAUCGAAGAAAUUCUUGCCACCAUGAGUUCGAUUAUCUGUGAUUUACAGCCACAACAGGUUCACACUUUUUACGAAGCCGUCGGUUAUAUGAUUUCCGCCCAGGUCGAUCAGGUUCAGCAGAAUAGUUUAAUCGAAAAGUAUAUGAUGCUACCAAACCAGGUGUGGGAUGAAAUCAUUUCGCAAGCCACCAAAAAUGUGGACAUCCUGAAAGAUAUGGCAGCGGUGAAACAACUCGGCAGCAUACUGAAAACAAACGUGCGGGCUUGCAAAGCGCUAGGUCACGCAUAUGUUUCUCAGCUGGGCAGAAUUUAUCUCGACAUGUUGAACGUGUACAAAAUUAUGUCGGAAAACAUCACGCAAGCGAUUGCACUCAAUGGUCUGGCGAUCAACAAUCAACCGCUCAUCAAAGCAAUGCACGUCGUGAAGAAGGAAACACUGACCCUCAUCUCGGAGUGGGUGUCCAAAUCGAACGACUCACAAAUGGUGAUGGAGAACUUCAUUCCGCCACUGUUGGAAACUGUAUUAUUCGAUUAUCAGCGCACCAAGGUACCGAAUGCCCGCGAGCCGCUGGUGUUGAGCACUAUGGCAUCGAUCGUGAACAAGCUGCAGGCGGUAAUAACGCCGGAAAUUCCGAAAAUCUUCGACGCCGUCUUCGAUUGCACUCUCGACAUGAUCAAUAAGAACUUUGAGGACUAUCCGCAGCAUCGAACCAACUUCUACGAGCUGCUGCAGGCGGUGAACACGCAUUGUUUCAAGGCUUUCCUGAGCAUUCCGUCUAAUCAGUUCAAGCUGGUUUUCGAUUCAAUAGUCUGGGCCUUCAAACACACGAUGCGGAAUGUCGCUGACACCGGAUUGAACAUUCUGAUGCAGAUGCUGCAAAACCUCGAGCAGCAUACACAGGCCGCCCAAAGCUUCUAUCAGACGUACUUCACGGACAUCCUGAUGCAGAUCUUUUCGGUGGUGACGGACACCUCGCACACGGCAAGUCUGCAGAAUCAUGCCACCAUUCUGGCGUAUAUGUUCUCGAUCGUCGAAGCCGGCAGGAUUACCGUCAGUCUUGGGCCGUCGUCGGACAACGUGCUGAACAUCCAGGAAUACGUGGCGACGCUGCUCAAGUCCGCCUUCAGUCAUCUAACCGACAAUCAGAUCAAGAUCUUCGUCACCGGGCUGUUCAAUCUUGACCAGGAUGUGCAUGCAUUUAAGGAGCAUUUAAGGGAUUUCCUGAUUCAGAUUAAGGAGGUAACUGGUGAUGAUGACUCCGAUCUGUAUCUCGAGGAACGAGAGAAUGAGUUGAAGAAAGCACAGGAGGAGAAGAGAAGACUUCUGAUGACGGUGCCUGGAAUGAUCAAUCCACACGAACUGCCAGAGGAGAUGCAGGAUGAGUAAGGUGAAUGUGUGAAUUUGUGAUGUGGAAUAAGCAAAAGAGACGAGACGUUUUGAGGGCAACCAUAUAUAUAGUUUUUGAAUUAACGUUUUCUUCAAAAAGAAUUAUCAUUUUCUUUUUCACAACAAUAAAUGAAGUAAGUUCAAAAUACACAAGUGAAGAAUACAUUCUGCAAAAGCGUAACCGUAGAUGGCAGGUAGAGCGAUACACAUCAUCCAUGUAUAGCAAAAUCAACAACAUACUGAAAAUGAUUUAAAAUAGAAUACAACCAACGAGCCGAAACCAUAACCAGCGUUAUAAAGAACAAAAAUACAGCCAGUCAAUCCCAGUUAUUGAUGAACGUUUCAUUAGCGUGAUUCGCAAGAUAUCGGUUGUUAUACGUUCUUAUUCUGGGAACAACAGUUUCAUGGGUAUGAAUGAAUUGAUUUUAUCACGAACAAGAAAAAGAUGCGAACAAUAUGGAGAGGGUAGGGUAUGGAGAUCAUUUUUGUCAUUUUUAACUAAUAGUUUUCGAGGUGAAAACCUUUGAAAAAUCUCAUUUUUUUUCGGAUUGACGCGUGUUGGUAUGUAUGAAAGCUGUUGUUUAUUAUUACUUAUCUACAUUUGAAGCCACUUUACUCAGUUUUUACCCAUUUGGUAUGUUAAGAGGACAUCAGCAGGAGCUGCAGGGAGAGACGUUUGUUAGACAAUUGUGCGAGACCGAGAGAGUGCGCACAGAAACGGGAUUAUUUACUAUUUCUGUAUUGAUUUGUUUCAAUUGAUUGGCUAAGGAAGGGAAAAAAGAGAAUAGAGAAGGCUAAAUUUAGUCUAUUUUGUAGAAUGAGUUGUGGUAGCGAUUUUAUGCUGAAUUUAGAGUAAUGUUUAUUAGUAGAACACGUAUAAACAUGUGGAUCUAUCUAUAGAAAGAAACAAAAACAAGAAAAAAGUAAGCACUAAUAAUUUAUAAGAAAGUAAGAUCACUGGUAGCGAAUACUUCGUGUAAGCGUGUUGUAGAGAAAAUUGAUCAAACGACAAAGGAACAAGUUGGAUACGAUUUUGAACGAAUAUUAAGCUACGUUUUUUCUCGCAAGUAACAAACAUUUGCAAAAAAAUAUGAACUAACAAAAGUGUAUGCGUGUUUGAAUGUUUGUGUGAAACCCUAUUUGAAUAAAUGAAUAAAUCGCGAAGGAUUGACAAAACGUUAUUGGAUAAAGGUUUACGUUUUUUUUCAAUAGAAUAUGACAUAAAACGAAAGUCGAAGUAUAUUCGCAUAAUAAAUGCACGAUAUUGUGAAACUUUUGAACAGCUGCAAACAAACAAAAAAACAGAAAAAUAAAUAAAGCCAGAAUCGUUUAUUAUCUCAAGUAGAUCGUAAAACACACAA